CCACCAUUCAAAAAUGAUAAAAGACAAUGAAAUAUAGCCUUAGCUUCCCACAUUCCUUCUUUAUCAAAACAUAACCAAAAAAAACACAGAGAAAAAAAAGAAGCCCUGCUUAAAAAAAAUAAACACAAGAAAAAAUGGCAUUGAGAAUGUGGGCUUCUUCUACAGCUAACACCCUUGGCCUCUCUUGUGCCUCUAAAGCUCUUCCUUACCCUGCAUUUUCUCUCUCCAGAUGCUUUUCCACUGUUUUGGAUGGAUUGAAGUAUGCAUCAUCACAUGAAUGGGUGAAACAUGAAGGUUCAGUGGCAACCAUUGGUGUUACUGAUCAUGCUCAGACCCAUCUUGGGGAUGUGGUGUUUGCAGAGCUACCAGAUGGAGGAGUUGCAGUAACAGCAGGGAAGGCGUUUGCAUCAGUUGAGAGUGUCAAAGCCACCAGUGACGUCAAUUCUCCCAUUUCCGGUGAGAUUCUUGAGGUUAACACCAAGCUUUCCGAGACUCCUGGUCUGCUUAACUCGAGCCCAUACGAGGAUGGAUGGAUGAUCAAGGUGAAGCCAAGUAACCCAGCAGAGUUGGAAAGCUUGAUGGGUCCUAAAGACUACACAAAGUUCUGUGAGGAAGAAGAUGCUCAUUAAUUAACACAUACUGAACAACUUCCAUGUUUCUUUGAGCUUGUUUGCUGUUGAAUUUGCAAAUCUUCAUGUAUACUUAUUAGAGGUGCUAAUUUUUCUAUC